CCUCGGAGGCGGGGGCGCGCGUGGCGUGACGCGAGCAGCAGAGCCGGCCUCAGCCAGGCUGCGUGUCCUGGGCCGUGUCGCGCGCCGCGGUUCGUGCGGCUCGGCCCGGGCUGUGGCGGGAGCGAAGAUGCCACAGCCCGCGCCCCGGAGCGCCGCCAUCCCAGGCUGCCGGUGUCGCGGAAACUGAAAAUGGCCCUUGAGCUAUGCUAGGUCUAUAAUGGGAAGUGUCACAGUUCGAUAUUUCUGUUAUGGGUGCCUUUUUACAUCUGCUACCUGGACAGUUCUGCUUUUCAUUUAUUUCAACUUCAGUGAAGUGACUCAGCCCCUUAAAAAUGUGCCCAUCAAGGGGUCUGGGCCCCAUGGACCAUUUCCCAAAAAAUUCUACCCACGUUUUACUCGAAGUCCAGGUCGAGUAUUAGAUCCACAGUUUAAAGCAAACAGAAUGGACGAUUUGAUGAAUAAUCACCUUGAAGAUUCAGAUAAAGGCCUCUCAAAGUCCUCUUCCGAGCUCGGCAUGAUUUUCAAUGAACGUGAUCAGGAAUUGAGAGAUCUGGGUUACCAGAAACAUGCCUUUAAUAUGCUUAUCAGCAACCGCUUGGGAUACCACAGAGAUGUGCCAGACACCAGGAAUGCAGAGUGUAGAGAAAAGUCCUACCCGACUGACCUCCCAACUGCUAGUGUUGUUAUCUGUUUCUAUAAUGAAGCCUUCUCUGCCUUGCUGCGGACUGUGCACAGUGUUGUGGACCGCACGCCAGCACACAUUCUUCAUGAGAUCAUCCUUGUGGAUGACAACAGUGACUUUGCUAAUUUACUGUGUCCCAGAGUCACAGAGACUUUAAACAAAAGGUUAAAUGAGCUCAAGCUGUGGUCUUUUCCUAGGUCACCUACAAUGGCUGGAGGAUUGUUUGCAAUGGACAGACAGUAUUUCAGUGAUCUUGGACAGUAUGACAGUGGCAUGGAUAUCUGGGGAGGAGAAAAUCUGGAAAUCUCAUUUCGGAUCUGGAUGUGUGGUGGGAAGCUCUUCAUCAUCCCUUGCUCAAGAGUAGGACACAUUUUCCGAAAAAGGCGGCCAUAUGGAUCUCCCGAAGGCCAGGACACCAUGACGCACAACUCCCUGAGGCUGGCACAUGUCUGGUUGGAUGAGUACAAGCUCCUAGGUUCUUACUUGGAAGAGUAUUUCUCAUGCCAAGCACACAUCCCUCAGGCACCAAGUUGUCUGCAUAGGCGUCCUCAAGAACACCGUUCUCUUUUGCAGCUCUACCACUUGCAGACCAACAAAUGCCUGGUAGCCCAGGGCCGCUCCAGCCAGAAAGGAGGCCUGGUGCUGCUUAAGGCCUGUGACUAUGGAGACCCGACUCAGAUCUGGAUUUAUAAUGAAGAGCAUGAGUUGAUUUUGAACAACCUCCUUUGCCUCGAUAUGUCAGAAACUCGCUCUUCAGACCCACCUCGACUCAUGAAGUGCCAUGGGUCAGGAGGAUCUCAGCAGUGGACCUUUGGGAAAAACAAUAGGCUAUACCAAGUGUCUGUUGGACAGUGCCUAAAAGUGGUAGACCCGACGGAUCAGAAGGGCUCUGUUGGCAUGGCCAUCUGUGAUGGCUCCUCCUCCCAACAGUGGCGCCUACAAGGUUAAGGUGGGCCCUGGAUGGAGACAACAUAAUUUGCCAGGUUUUGUCAUACCUGCUAUAAAUCAAGGUGCUUUAUGAAGGAUGCUGCAGACCCCAGCAGACAAGAACCUUGGUAGAAGGUUACCAUCACAGGAACAGAAGGUGCUUCACUGGGACUUGGGUUAUUUCUGAGCUGCUGCUAAGGGAUUCUUGUUUAUCCAGGGAAAACAAAAUAAAUAUCAGGAUUUGGGUCUAUUAGUACAAACCCAGGAAGCAGACAUUUGUAUUUAUUUACGUUUCUCUCAUUCUCCUUUGGAGAGGGAACGGUUUCUGUCUAAUCAGGAACUUGUUACAAUUUCCUUUCAUAGAGGACUUCAUAGGAGAUUUUUUUUUUAACUAUCAUUUGUUUAAUAUUUCUAAUAGAUUUUAAAACUGGUUGAAUGCAUAUUACUUUUAGCUUCAGAAGGUAUCAUGUAUAUUUAAGAGGCAUUUAACUACUAUAAAUUAUUUUAAUGUCUACAUUAAAUAAAGGAUCUUUUUGAUCAUUUAA